GAAAGUAGUGCCAUUUUAGGUAGAGGUAGUGCCUAAACAGGCUACUGUAUGUAAAUGGACCCUUUUAAAGGCCUGAGAACCAUUUUUUGGCUAUAGAGAUUUAUGCUUUGAAAUUAACAUUUACUGUUUCAGAUCAUUUGGGUUAUGCAAUGUAUUUUGACAACUGGAUGUGUUAUAAAAUAAUUUGGACUUGCAUCAGAACAGAUGAAGUUGCAUUAUGCCCUUAAUUUCACACAUAAGUCUACAACAGCCUACAUCCUAAGAACUACUGCCAUCAAUCUCUUGAGUGUCUACCCUGUCUUGUUGACAUACCCAAGAGGAAAUAUUUUAUUCUCUCUCUCUGGGUGUAGAGUGCUAUGUCCUAAAUGACACCCAAACUAAUGUAAUGCAAGGAACUGCUUUGGCGAGUUUGAUGUGUGCAACACCAAGGGGGUACUAACUCCAGAGCUCAAGGGCCAGAGGGUGGGGGAAUCACCACAGUGGCUCACAGUCUGCAACCUUAGCACUUCACAUGCAGAAGUAGUCCCGGUGAGUUGCGCAUGAGCCGGUAGAGCGCCACCACCCGAACUCAAGUUGCUCUGAUGCUGGCUGAGUACUGAGGCACUGUAUACAUCCGACUCUCUGCGGGGGUAGAUGCCAGAUGCAGAAUUGACGCAUACGCCUCUGUCCAAUCAAGUUUCAGCCGAUGGCGCCCCCUAUGGGUUCAUUCCAUGCAACUGCACCCAGGGGCUGUUUACACCGAUUUCGGAAGCAUGUAAUGAAACAUUUUAUGCGCGCACAGACACAUUUGUGCGUUCCAGGUAAUCUUAGAAUGGGGGUAAAUAUUGGAUUGGUGGUCGUCUGACACCUCUCACCACAUAAUCCCCCCCCACCCACCGCCUCUCUCCCUCAGUGCAAUGCUUUUUUAUGCUAAUCAAACACAUAUGUCACUUCCGCCCCUUUUCACACGCCAUUUUGGAUAGUAUAGGUACUGGACCGGGUCGUAUUGUUUAAGUGGAUGGCGGAUUACGUUAAUUGCUGUCAAUUACACCGUCAUCGUGCGUCUUCUGGACUGUGCCUCAUCGCAAACGCAGCACGCGAUCAGCGGUUCGCGCUCAUUCUCCCUCCGGGACCCCCGUAGACCGGCACAGACUCUGUUAGAUGAGUUGCAGCAGCUCGUUCCCGGCAGACAGACAGCUCUGGGUCGGCCCGUGACAGGAGUCGAGCUCCCUCUUUCGGCGGUGUGUGUCCGCCCGGGAAGCGGAGGACGAGGCGCUCGGUUCGGGGGGCGGGAAAGUGACAUUACGCGCUUGCCACUAGCGGAGCGCGGGCCAGGUAACGUUCAACUAGCUCCCCGUUUUGCGUUUGGGGAACGAAACCGAAUGAGAAUUAACUAAGAAACCAGUCAACAUAUUAAUAAUAACCGGAGGCAAUCUGAAAGGACGUAACCAGACUCAGGUGGCAGACCUAGCCAGUUGUUUGUGUCAUACAGUUGUUAAACAGUUCUCUGAGGUCUUGAAUUAAAAAUAAAGUUUCAAUUGAUUUGUUCUUGACGUUGUAAGUGUACCUGUUAACUGAUGGUUUUAUCACUUACCGUUUUAAGUGUAACUAAGGGUUUUAUCAUUCACACAUACCACUCACUCUGUUUGCUCAACUCAUCACGAAAAGCUCGCGCUGCAAGGAAUCAAUCGUUAAAGGGACAGUUCACUAAAGAUUAAAAAAAAAAUGUUUAUUCGCCCUCAGCUUCUAUGACUUUAUAAUAUAAGCUAAAGGAAAUUUUAAUCAUAAUGACUGCCUCAGUUUUAAUUUUUGUAAAAAAAGAUGCACAAAGUGAAUGUUGACUGAGGCUGUCAUUUUGUCUGACAUCUUUUGUUUUCCUUAGAUAAAAGACAGUCGUGUAUAAAACAGUAUUAGGUUGAAUAAGUGAAUUUUAUUUUUAUUUUAUUUUUUAUUUUUUUUGCGCUUAAUCACCUUUUAAUUUACGAAUCAGUUCAACACGUGUGGUUUUACUAAUAAGAAACCAAAGUUGGCGCUUGUAGGAUCGCAGUUGACAUGUCAACAAACCAAAAAGAUCAAUGUGUGACUGUGUCAAUUGGUCAGUUGUUUUCCUCGUUAGUGUGUUGUCAUACUUGCCUACUAGAUUUUGCUCUAUAUUUGUAAUGAUUGUUGUUCUUUUAAUGGCAAGUUUUUGAUGAAAAGGUGAUGCUGAAAGUAUUUACCAGCAGCAGGUUUUUCUCAACACAGGAUCCAUGUUUUUUGGAAAUGGAUGGCCAUGAGGCAGUUAAUUAAAAUAUUACAGAUAUUUUAGUUUUCUGUUUACAUGUGUAUGCAAACCAAGUCAUCUGUAUGCUAGGAGAUCACCAGAUAACCUCCACCCAGAGCAGACACUGCAGAUAUGGCUCUCCUCACACUGGCCUCUGCUGCUGCCUCAACAGGAGGCGCCAUUCCAGGACUGUAAUGCAGAAGCCUUCACAAAAAUGGAGCGGAAAAAGGGCAGGCAGAACAGGGAGAGGCUUAUAUAACAUGGAGGAAGAGCUGUCCUCUAGCGCCAUCUAGAAAGGAUGGGAGAAAGUCAGAGGCAAUGAGGAACGCCUAACCAAAGAGAGAGAGCCCCUAUUCAGUGCCGAAGUGAACUACUGCUCUUUGUUCAAGCAAGGUGCACUGUAUGAUGCUUGUGAUUGGUGACGCCAAGAGCUGAUGCAGGUUUUCCAUGAAGGCCAGUCAGAUAGGUGGCAGAAUGUUUCAACUCCCAGUGAACAACCUCAGCAGUCUAAGGAAAGCUAGGAAGAAUGUGAAAAAAGUGCUGGGUGACAUUGGCUUGGAGUUUUGCAGGGAACACAUUGAUGACUAUAAGGACUUUGUUCCCAAUGAGUUCUACAUUAAGAACACCACAUGGGAUGAUGUGUGCAUGUGGGAUCCCUCAAUGACCAAAUCACAAGAGUACCGCACAAAGCCGUUCUGUUGUUCAGGAUGUACAUUCUCCUCCAAGUUUUUCUCCGCCUACAAGAGUCACUUUCGUAAUGUGCACAGCGAGGACUUUGAAAACCGCAUUCUCCUUAACUGCCCCUAUUGCACUUACAGUGGGAACAAAAAGACUUUGGAGACACACAUCAGACUGUUUCAUAUGCCCAACAAUGUCAUGCGCCAGAAUGCAGGAGGACUUCAGGGGGCAGGGGUUGGCUUGAAGGAUGGUGCUCGUUUGGAUAAGACACGUGACAAUAUAGAGCAAGCAGUGUACUACUGCAAGAAAUGCACUUACAGGGACCCACUGUAUAAUGUGGUGCGAAAGCAUAUCUACCGGGAACAUUUCCAGCACGUAGCGGCACCAUAUCUAGUGAGGCCUGGUGAGAAGACAACACCAGCCAAUGGGACAACUGCAGGCUCUGGAACAGGAAGCAAUACUGAUUCUGGUGGUACCAACAGUACGAGCACAGGCAUCCACUGCAAACGGUGCCUCUUUGUGCCUCGCACCUAUGAAGCCCUUGUGCAGCAUGUCAUUGAGGACCAUGAGCGCAUUGGUUAUCAAGUUACUGCUAUGAUUGGACACACCAAUGUUGUGGUACCUCGGGUGAAGCCUGUGAUUAUGGUGUCCACUAAAGCUCAGGGUGAUAAGGGGAUUAUUGGUAUAAUGCCAAAGGGUACCGUCGUGACUGGGGUACGGCCUUUAUCCACUCAGCAACUGAGUCGUAUUGUUAUUCCUAAAGGGAGUUUGAACUCAAGUGGGCUCCUGUCGGGUAUUCACCUGAAGCAGGGGGCAUUUGGUCUGAAGCCUGGGACUACACAAUCCUUGACCAUUGGGGGACAACAGGUGCAGCUUUCAGUCCCACAGCAGUCUCAAACUAGCAAACCACAGCUUUCUGCUAGUCUUCGUAGUUCAGUUUCUGUAUCAUCAUCCCCUUCCAUACUGAAGAUCCCUCAACUGAACUCCCGAGUUCAGGCAGCAGCUACUACGGUGUCAUCUGUUACUUCCAAGAAAGGCGACUCUGUCAUCGGCACGUCGUACACUCAAAAAUGGAAGAUCUGCACCAUUUGCAAUGAGCUCUUUCCAGAAAAUGUGUAUAGUUCGCAUUUUGAAAAAGAGCACAAAGCAGAGAAGGUACCAGCGGUGGCCAACUACAUCAUGAAAAUUCACAACUUCACUAGUAAAUGCCUAUACUGUAAUCGGUACCUACCUAGCGACACGCUUCUUAACCACAUGUUAAUACAUGGCUUAUCUUGCCCACACUGCAGGGCCACGUUUAAUGAUGUGGAAAAAAUGGUGACUCAUAUGCGAGGGGUGCAUCCCAAUGAAUCUGUUGGGCCACGGACAGAAUCCCCACUUACAUUUGACCUCACGCUUCAGCAGGGAAAUCCCAAGAAUGUCCAGCUGAUCGUCACCACAUAUAACAUGCGGGAUGCCCCAGAAGAAUCGGUGGCAUUUCAUGCCCAAAACAAUACAUUACCACCAUCAUUGCAGGGGAACAAACCGGUUAUGCCACCAGUCCCAAAGAUAUCCCUAGAUUCCUCAGACGCCAUACCAGCUAAGGGUACACUGCAGACAGCCGUACCUUAUAAGAAGGAUGUAGGCAAAACCCUUUGUCCUCUCUGCUUUUCAAUUCUUAAGGGACCUAUUUCAGAUUCUCUAGCUCACCAUUUACGUGACCGCCAUCAAGUCAUACAAACGGUUCAUCCUGUGGAGAAGAAGUUGACCUACAAAUGCAUCCAUUGCCUUGGUGUCUACACUAGUAACAUGACCGCUUCCACGAUCACUUUGCAUCUUGUGCACUGUCGUGGUGUCAGCAAAACUCAGAAUGGCCGACCUGCUCCAUCCGCAAGAGUUGCACAGGCCCAGGGGGCUGGUCUCAAACGUGCAGGAUUAGCAAACUUCGACCAAACUGAGCCAAAGAGACGGAAGUCUGCAAGCGAUGACCAGACUGGGCAGAGUCCACCACUUUCAGCUGACAAACAAGAUGAACCUGUAGUCUUUGCCUUGGACCCAAAGGGUUAUGAGAAUGAGUCCUACGAGACACGAAAAGCUUUCCUCACUCAGUACUUCAACAGGCAGCCUUACCCCACUCGCCGAGAGGUGGAGAAGCUUGCAUCCAGUCUCUGGCUUUGGAAAUCCGACAUUGCGAGCCAUUUCUCAAAUCGAAGGAGGAGAUGUAUGCUGAAUUGUGAGACCUUAAACACUCGGGUCCUGCUGGGAUUUAAAAUGGAAGACAUUACAGAUUUGCAACAUCCCAUGAACUUUGAGUCAAAAUGCUAUUUCAAGAACCAUAAUCAUGAACAUAAAAGACGAACUACUAGAUAUCGGAUAGGCCGAUCUUCCAAUGCCAUUCGCUUACGGCAAAAAGCUACAACCAAUGGUGACCUGCAGCAUAAGCAUGGGACACUAACAAGGGUUUCCGCCAAAGCCUCACUCUACUCCAAUGGUCAAAAGGACAUCAUAGGGAGUAACUGCAAUGAUUCAAUAAAGAGCACCUUAAAGCCUGGAGCACUUGUCAAUUCUGAACCAAUUGCUGUGGACUCUGACAGUGAUAAUGAGGAGAAUGUGCAGACUGCACAGUCACUUAGUAGGGACAAACCAGAGACAAAUGAUCAAGUAGAUAACAGUGACUCUGACAUCAGGGAGGACGCUCACAGUGAAAAUGGUUAUGGGUCAAAAGACUUGUUAGACGAAACAAAACUGCAAAAGGGAGAGUGUCAGUCAGGUAUCACAAACAAGCUUGAACAAUCAGAGACCCAGUUAACCAAGCAACAGGUCUAGUUUUGGACAGGGUUAAUAAAAUGCACAUGUAUACUUUUGCGUUAUGUUUGACCUACACCAACAAUGCUGCCUCAUUGAUCUUCUAGACCUUGGUUACGGAUAGUAGCUGUAAGGUUCUGCUUUUCCCUCGACUCCUAAAGUCAUUUGAGAAAGGCAAAAAAGUCAUAUUUUACAUUUUGAAAUAUGAAUGAAAUUUUUGAUUUCGAAGCUGGGGUCAGACUUUCCUCAGGAUGUAGGUAAAGAAAACGCUCAACAUUUACCAAACAAUACAUGAUUUGUCUUCAGUUUAUGAUUCUUUAACAUAAUCCGAAACAUAAUUGUUCAGCCAUUAUUGUCAAAAAAUGGAGUGUUUAUUAGAGUCAACCGGUAUUCUUGGAUUUCAUGUUCUCAUAUAGUAUCGGUAGUGUAUAUUUGUACAGUCUUUUAGAUAUGUCUAAGGAGAUGUGUAGGUGUACUCACUGAUGAAAAUAAGAUUUGCUAUACUUUUUGUGCUCAUGCUUAAUGGUCAUAUGUUCUACUUUGGUUCACAUAGAUAAUGGAUCUGGCUUCAGUGGCUGUUUUUCCUGUUUACUUUUAUUAACAAAAGUAUAACACUUUGCUAAAAAAUAUAUCAAAGUUUAAAUAAUGCAAAAUAAAAGAACAUAAUCUCUUGCUCUUGUUUUGCCUGUUUGUAACUGAAGCAUCUUUUUUAUAAAUAUGUAUUUACCAUCCUGUAACUUGUUUUGCUUCCAGAGCAGCUUUUCGUACAUCCACAUCUGCCCUAACGUAAGCGUAUAUGGCAGUUAAGUUGACCACUGUAGCUUUGUGCUAGUAGAUUAACCUGUGUUUGCUUCAGCCUCUGCUGACUUUUCUUUUUCAACAGUUACACACUUUUUCUCCUCCAGCUGGGCUUCUGUUGUGACCUGGGGUCCAGAAUGAGCUUCUAUUUUCAGUCUUUCAGCUUUCUGUACGUUUACAUUUUUUAACUCAAGUUUAUGUUGUUGUUGGGUUUUUUUUGUCACCUUUAUUCUAUUUUUCUUUGUCUCUGCAAACAUUUCUGAACAAUAAAGUGUUGUAUUGUCUUUCUUAUAAUGGUUCUAA